CAGGAAAUGACGGAGUUGCAACAGGAGGAGGAGAACCUCUUUCCUAUCGCGAUUCUCAUUGACGAAUUGAAAAACGAUGAUGUUUCAACUCGUCUUGCUAGUUUUAAAAAGCUUUCUACCAUUGCAUUGGCUCUUGAGCCUAAACGCACUCGGGAGGAAUUUAUACCCUUCCUUACAGAAUCAAUUUAUGACGAAGAUGAAAUUCUGUGCGAACUUGCUGACCAAUUGAGCAAAUUUGUUCCCCUUGUCGGUGGCACUGAACACGUCUCUUGUCUUCUACCUCCGCUUGAAGGCCUCGCUUCCACAGAAGAAACUGUCGUCAGACAAAAGGCCGUGGAUACUCUUCGGUUUCUUGCUGGAAGCUUUUCUGAUAAGGAUUUGGAAGCCCACUUUAUCCCAAUGAUUGAGCGUUUGGCAACGGCUGAUUGGUUCACCAGCCGCAUUUCUGCCUGUGGUCUAUACUCUGCUGUCUACAAACGUGCAUCAGCUAACACGCAAGUGGAAUUGCGCAAUCAGUUCCGUCAGUUGUGUGCCGACGACACACCCAUGGUUCGUCGUUCUGCAGCCAUCAAUCUGGGUGAAAUGGCCGUUUGCUUGGAUCUGGAGACGUUGCGUUCAGAGUUUCUCCCAGUUUUAGCUACUAUCAUCCAGAAAGAUGACCAGGACUCCGUUCGCCUUUUGGCCAUCAACGCUUGUGUUGCCUUUGCAGAAGCCCUUCCUACAGAGGAUGCACAAAAGUCCCUGAUGCCUCUUGUUCGUGAGGCAGCGCAGGACAAAUCUUGGCGUGUUCGUUACCAGCUUGCUGAUCGUCUUACUGAUCUCCAGUCAGCUGUUGGGCCUAUGGUUACCAAUGAAUUUCUCGUGGAUGUUUAUCAGACUCUCUUAAAGGACGCCGAGGGUGAGGUGCGUGCAGCAGCUGCAGGUAAAUUGAAGGUCUUUGCAACCGCUCUUUCUCCACCCGACUCUCGAGAGUCAAUAAUCAUGAAGACCCUCCUGCCUAUUAUCCGCGAGAUGGUUACAGAACAGAAUAUGCAAGUGAAGACUGCCCUGGCUGGUGUCAUUAUGGCUCUUGCGCCCUUGUUGGGGAAGGAACAUACCACGGAACACCUUUUGCCCAUGUUCCUUAUUCAACUCAAGGAUGAGAAUCCAGAUGUCCGUUUGAACAUAAUCUCCAAUUUGGAGUGCGUGAAUCAGGUUAUGGGCAUCACUCAACUGAGCCAAUCACUUCUUCCGGCCAUCGUGGAGUUAGCUGAAGAUGUAAAAUGGCGCGUGCGUCUAGCUAUCAUUGAGUAUAUGCCUCUUCUGGCUUCCCAGUUGGGCAUCCAGUGCUUCAAUGAACAGCUGACCAACCUCUCCCUCAAUUGGCUUGUGGAUCAUGUCUAUGCUGUUCGUGAAGCUGCCGUGGCGAAUCUACGCAAUCUUAUGGAUAAGUUCGGCAUUGAAUGGGCUACUACGCAGAUUGUUCCCAAGUUGGUCCAACUUGCCAGUGAUUCCAAUUACCUUCAUCGAAUGAUCUGCCUGGCGGCGCUCCGUGAAUUAGGUGAAGCCGAAAUCUGUCAUCCAGAUAUGCUUCCCAACAGCCUUCUCCCAACCAUUACUAAUCUCAGUUCCGACGCUGUUCCCAAUGUCCGAUUCAAGGUGGCUCAAGUGUUGGGUAAACUUGCUCCCUUCCUGGACGCCGAAUCAAUGCAGAAAUCAUUGAAACCGACUCUAGAGAAGUUAGGUACUGACUCAGAUGCCGAUGUCAUUUUCUACGCUAAGGAGGCCUAUGAAUCACUUUCUCAAGCUGCGCGAUGA